AUGGCGACAGCCCCGCCUGCUUCGAUCUCCCCGCAGAGGAAGUCGUUCAAUGUCGGCACGCGCAAAUCAAAGCUUGCCCUUGUUCAGACAGAUCUUGUCGUGGGUGCUUUGAAAAAUGCAUAUCCUGGGUUUGAUUUCAGCAUCAAAUCGAAGGACACGGCUGGCGAUCGGGACAAAUUGACUGCCUUGAAGGAUCUCAGCACUAAAAACCUGUGGACUGAAGAGCUGGAGGAACUGCUUGCUGCAGGUCACCUAGAUGUUAUUGUCCAUUCUCUCAAGGACGUACCCACAUUGAUCCCUUCUACAUGUGCAUUGGGCGGUGUCUUGACUCGCGAAGACCCCCGAGAUGUCCUGGUUGUAAAGCCAGGCUUGCCCUACAAGUCGAUUUCUGACCUUCCAGCUGGCUCGGUUGUUGGUACAUCAUCCAUCCGCCGUACAGCUCAACUAGCCUUGAAAUAUCCGCACUUGAAAGUCGAAAGUGUCCGUGGUAAUAUCGAUACACGUUUAGCAAAACUUGACGCCGAAGAUGGCCCAUACCAAUGUAUAAUCUUAGCUGCUGCGGGUUUAUUACGGGUUGGUCUUGGAGAAAGGAUUACUCAAUACCUCGACUCGAAAAAUGGCGGCUUUUUAUAUGCAGUCGGCCAGGGGGCAAUUGGUAUUGAGAUUCGUUCUGACGACGAUACAGUCCUCGCAAUGUUAAACCAAGUUGGUCACAAAGAGACACUACUGGAAAUCCUGGCUGAGCGUAGCUUGCUGAGGGUCCUCGAAGGUGGUUGCAGUGCACCCCUUGGAGUUGAGUCCGAGUGGAUUAAAGACUCCGAUGGGAAGACGAAACUACGUAUGCGAUCCAUCGUCGUUAGCGUUGACGGAACACGCUCCUCCCAGGUGGAACUUGACGGUGUGGUUGAGAGCCCUGCUGCUGCUGAGGCCUUUGGGCUGGAGGUGGCGAAAGAGCUGGUUGCCCAAGGGGCCGGGUCGAUUCUUCAGGAUAUCAAGGAAAAUAAAGCCACCUCGUGA